UUUAGAUCACGGUUUGUAAAUUGUAAAUCGAAAAGCGUUAACGAGACACGGUGAAUCGAGCCGCCGAGCCUUAUCCGAUCAAAUACUUUCCUCCUCUGAAACCACUUUCUCACAGUCAAGCUCGACGAAGAUGUCUUGCUUGGUCUCAUCGACUUGCUCACUCGUCCCCUUCGACUCGAGCCUGAAUCGGCCAAGCCGUUCUAGCAAACUCGGCUCUUCAAUUUCAUGGCAAUCUUCAUUUCCCAGACUCUCCAUCGAAAUCGGCCCUGUUAUCUCAUCUCCCAUUGUCAAAAAGGAAUCUUUUGUACAAGCCGCGUGGACUCGAAGAUCACGUGGUGAAGCAGCCAAAAGACCCAACAAGAAGUCAUGGAAACAAAGAACAGACAUGUACAUGAGGCCUUUUUUGCUGAAUGUCUUCUUCUCCAGGAAGUUCAUACACGCCAAAGUGAUGCAUAGGCCAACAAGCAAAGUCAUUUCGGUGGCCACCACAAACGCAAGAGAUAUAAGGACCAAUAUACCUUCUCUUGUCGAUGACGAAGCUUGCAGACUCAUCGGUAAGCUCAUAGCUGAGCGUUCAAAAGAAGCAGACGUCUAUGCUGUGUCUUAUGAGCCAAGAAAGGGUGAAAGAAUUGAAGGGAAGCUAGGGAUUGUGAUCGAUACCAUUAAGGAACAUGGCAUUAUUUUUGUUCCUUAAUUGAUUCUCUCUUAUAAUAAAAUGAGUUGGCAUUAUGCAUUACCAAGAAA